AUGACUGGAAAAAGGAAGUUGAGCGACGGCGAGGGAAGCCCUUCCCGCAAAGCUGCCAGAACUGCUAGCGACGAGAGUGGCAGUUUUGGUUUUUCCUCUUCGCAAUUUUCCCAGUCGUUUCAACUAGGCGUGUCACCCCAGCCUACCUCCCACCCGGCCAUGUAUCUCCAGCCCCCAUCCCCUCAGUCCUGCACGACUCCUCAACCGGAAACUUCGCAGCUGGAUACGUCGAAAUUAACCGAAAAAUCCCAAUGGAGGAAUUAUACCGACCCGAAGGGUUUCUGCGAAUUCGCCGGAUGGGACCAACUCUCCCAGGAUAAAUUCGAGAGCCUUUUUCGUUCUGAUAGGGAAGGCGAGGAAUUCCAAGAUUGGCUGGUGGACACUGCAGAGAUUGAAUCGUCGGUUUUGCAGACCAGGCUUGGGAAGAGUGGCCUGAAUGCAAAAGUCAACUGGACCAGCGUACUCCCAAGCAGUGACACUACACUCAACAACUUGAUGGUUACAUGGAUCGACUUGAGAAAAGUCACCUACAUACUCUCCCGUGAUCGUGACCAAGACAAAGUUCUUGCUGAUCAGUUCCGUGAUGGCAGAGCGUCUUGGAAAGAAGUGGAUCCUCAAAACGUUUCUUUGUUUGACGAGGCUCGCGAGUGCAUCGAUUACGAAGAAUCGCAACUGUUUCGCUCAUUGAGACACGUCCUUCGAGACCGCUUUGAAAGGACAAAGACGCCACAGGAAAGCUUGCCCCAGGGUGACUUUUUCGGCAUUUUCCUUGAUACUACCUCCCGGGUUACCAAUUUCUCUCCAUCCGUGCACCUCGACUCUAGCCAAAAGGUGGUGGACCGGAUGGGGAAUGGCAGAACGCUGUUACCGCCCAUCUAUCAAAUAAAGACAAUGGAUAUUUUCGCGGAAGAAGACGAUACUGAAGAAGACGAUACUGAAGAAGACGGGUCGGCGAAAGCAGCCGUUAAGUUUUUCCGUUUUGGCCGUCCCCUCUGGGGAAGCCGGUGUCAUCCUGACAGUGUCCCGAAGGAUCCUGCUAGCGAGUUGAUCAGUCUGGCCAGCCAAAAGACUGAUGAAGACAGUCUCGCCAAGGCCCUGGCACUCAUCUCUUAUCUUGCUUUUAUCAACAAGGAAAGGGAUUUGACGAGGACAGUUCGGCCAAGCGAGCCAAUUUUGGCAUACACUGCAGCCUCAAAGAUGAUCAACCCGAAAGUUCGAUUGAAGGCGCUGCGAGAGUUUAUGUUGUCCUGCUUUGAAGGAAGCCUGAUGAGCACAGGUGAUGCCGGGGAUAUGGUUGCAUCUAUAAUACUACUGUUCGCGCAUGACGAGAAGCAAUUCGAUGACCCGACAGCUUUACCCAAGCCAAUACUCUUGCACAACUACCUGGAGUCCUUGUUCGGAAGCGAGAGAUGUGAUGAGAUGACCCAGCGGAUGAGGACAGAUGCGGACAUGAAGAAACUCUGGGAGACUGGUAUAGUUUACUUCAAUCACUUUGUGAAUCUCAAAAACCCACCAACCUUGGAAACGCUGGAUCGCGCUUUCAGCAGAGCGGCGGCCUUCUUUUUACCAAAAGGGUUUCCCGGAGCCGACAUUAUCAUUCCAGUCAAGAUCCCGGGUGUUGUGGAGAUGACGUUCUGCACGAUCCAAGUGAAGAACCGCAAGCACGAUGCCUUCACCGCGAAGGUCAAAACAAUAGCCAUGGCAGAUCUUAAGAAGGCGGUAGAUAAAUUGGAGUGA